CAAACAUGGCCGACGAAAGAUGUUUUUGCCUGUAUCACCUCUUUAGACUUCAUUUUUAUUAGAAGCCUUUUUCCUAAACGUGGAUUCUAGCUGAAGCUGGUGGUAUGGCAGACCUUUACCUUGAAUUUGAUGUUGAAGGUGGGAACAAAACUCAGCAUAUUGUACCGAAAUGCUACGACGCAAAAGGUGCAAACAUGAAUUCCUCCGACAGACAGCUGUUGAUAAAUUACAUGGCAAAAGAUGGAGGAAUUCCCGUAAAUUUUGGGUUGAAUAUCUUGGGAUGGAUGAUUGUAUUCAUCUUGUUCUGUGUCAUUCGGCGACUUGUGUGGGAUUAUGGAAGACUAGCUCUGAUACAAAAGGAAGACCAGGGAUGGACCGAAAUGUUCUAUGGUUCCAAGGGAACAUCAGAGGAGGGACGUGCUAGACAAGUAAGUGGCACAAAUGCCCCAGAAGCUGCUGAAUUUCCAGACGUCAAAAAAAAGGGUCUUUUCUCGUGGAUCCCUGUUUUCAUGCGAGUGACAGAUGAGCACAUUCGUCUUAAGUGUGGUGUAGAUGCAUUUCAAUAUAUAAUAUUCCAAAAGCAUCUUAUAGUGUACAGCAUCAUCAUAUUCUGUCUGUCUAUUGGUAUAGUCUUACCAGUGAACUACUCUGGAAACAAUGAACCAGUCAAGGAUUCUUUUGGUGCCACGACAGUUUCUAACCUGAUGUAUGACUCAAGCGUCUUCUGGCUUCAUACAGUUUUUGCAAUCAUCUACACGGUGUUAAUGGUGAUUGUGUUGCGGCAUUUUACCAACCUGUUUGCAUUCAAGAGCCAUGAUGAUUCUAAGAAGACAAUCAUGAUGACUAAUGUACCUAAGAAUGUAACAGCUGACUUGAUCAUGCAACAUUUUAGGGAAAUAUAUGGUGAAUCGCAAGUCCUUGAAGUCCAAAUUGCAUUUGACUUUGCAAAACUAAAGCAAGCGCAGAGAAAAGUUCUUGCCGCAGAAAUGGGUCGGGAACACUGUGAAGAACUGCUCCGUAAGACUGGGAAGAGACCGUUAACCACAGUGAGUACCAACAAGCUGUCUCCUUGUUGCCACUGCUGUGGCGCCAGUCACGUGGAUGGGAUUGAGUACUUUACUGAAGAAGAGGAAGAUGGUAAAGUCCAAGUUGAUCAACAGAGGCAGAAACUGAAGAGUCUGGGAAUAGCUUUUGUGACAUUUGAAAAUGCAACGAUUGUUCAGAGAUGUCUGAAAGACUUCAACACAAUCCGGCACGGAAGUCCAGAAUCGUCUGUGUCUCGAAGGAUCUUUUCAGACCACUGGAAUGUGUCUCAGGCUCCUUUAGCUGGGGACAUUAUCUGGGAACACCUUUCUGUAGACAAUGAAAGUUGGUGGGUCAGGGCGGUGCUUAUCAAUACGUUGCUUUUCAUCUUUGUUCUGUUUCUCACCACGCCAGCUGUUGUGCUGUCUACUUUGGAGGAGUUGGAGGCUAGUGUCGAGAAAAGCAAUCCAAAGCUCGCUGUCCCUCCAAGUCCAUUUCUCACGCAAUUCUUGCCCACUAUCUUGCUGUGGAGUUUUGCAGCAAUCCUUCCUGCGGCAGUGUCCUGGUCAAGUUAUUUCGAAGCCCAUUGGACAAGGUCAAAACUUGAGCAUUCUGUGAUGGUCAAGACAUAUAUUUUCUUAAUACUGAUGUUAAUUAUUCUUCCUUCGUUGGCUCUUACCAGUGUGGAUGCUUUGUUUCAUUUGACGCUCGGAGGAGGUUUUCCUGAAUUCCAAAGUAGACUAGCUUGCGUGUUCUUGCCCAACAAUGGCGCGUUCUUCGUCAACUAUCUUGUAACAUCAGCACUGAUUGGAACCGCAGCAGAAUUGUGUCGCUUCCCUGAGCUAGUCUCUUAUGCAGGUAGUAUGGCUUGCGCACGAAACGAAGGAGAGAAAAGGCUCGUUCGCUAGGAAGCCGUGCGUGAGUUUGCGUAUGGGCAGCAGUACGCCUGGAUGUUAGUUAUCUUCACUCUGAUGGUCGUUUAUUGCGUCACUUGUCCUCUUGUCACGCCAUUUGGUUUGCUCUACAUGGCCAUGAAGCAUUUAGUCGAUCGAUACAAUCUUUACUUUAACUAUCGCCCACCUGCUUACAACUACGUGGACAGCAAUGUACAUCACACUGCCGUGACGUUCGCCGUCAUUUCAACUUUCUUUCUCUUGCUGUCGCUGUUAUUUUACUCCUCUAUCAGAUUAGGUAUUAAUGAUCCUCAGACUGUUUUCACCCUGGUCGUGGUGUGUAUCACAGUGCUGCUUCUCUUAGCUCGAGUUUGCUUUGGAAUGUUCAAGAAACUUGGACCUCAUAAGGAAUACCUCACAACAGAUGCGGAACUCAAUGGAGCUGAUGUCUAUAUUCCUGAAGCUUACCUUCCACCAGUGCUCCAAACAACGCGGGAAAUGAAGGCUACCGGAAGUGAGAGUAAUGGCGUGUCUCCUCCCCAGCUCACCAGGCGGAAGAAUUACGGCACGACUCAGAAUGACCACGUGAUCGAUACGUCACAACUGACACCCAGUUCGGAAACUGUAGUGACUUUCACUGACGAGGACAGACACUAAUUCAAAGGCUGUGACCGUUGGAAAACAUUUAAAUAUUUGUUUUGUAAACCUGUCUUACCGUAAAAGGUAGAGUUUUUGUUUUUGGUACAAUGGACUCUUCUCCAACUUUCCUCAGCGUCAAAGUAAGGACCUUUUUCGUUUGUAACCUGAGAAAGUUUCAAUUUUCCAGUUGCUUUUUUUAGCCGUGAGAAUGUAAUGUUUUUGAAAUGAGUGUGACAAAACUUAGUGGCAGAGAAUAAGUUACGGUAGAUGGGUUACUGAGGAGCAAAGCUCGUCCCAGGCUCAAGGUGCAUUUCCGUCGUCUCUUUCUUGAAAAUCCCUGAGUAACUGCAAUGUUACGGUAGCGUUGUUGGAAAGCACCGCAUAAUUGAACUUUUAGUUUAACUAAUUUAUGUACAGUAGAUUAGCAGCAUCUACAAAAAUGAUAUUUUUUUUUUCCAACUUUCUUUAGGGGAGUUUUAAAUGUGUUAUCGUAAUGUUCGGUAUUCUCCCAAGAUAUUUGGAACGUCUCGUAUUGUAAACUCGGAAAUCAAGUGCCUCUAAUUUAACGGAUUGUUAAAAUUAGUAUUGGUAUUAUCCUUAUUGAUAUUUUCUUGGGAAAUCAAUUUUAACAGAUAUUUUGUGCAAGAAUAAGUCAUGCUUAUACAUUUUGAUAAGUAUUUUCUAGCCCACUUACUUUGGGUCGCUCUUAGAUUUGUUUCAAAGUACUUAGGAAAAUAUAUGUUAGAGUAAUUUGUUUCGUUAUUUGGAGACAAAUCAGAUUAUUUGAAUUCAUUUAGUGGAUAUUUGAGGAGCUUGUAUUGGAAUUUAAGUUAUUGUGCAAUCGUGAGCCGCGAAAUCCAUUCGAAUACCUAUAGACAGUUAAUAGAAAACACCUUAAUUUAACAGCACAAUUUUUUUUUCUGUAAGAUAGUUUUGUUUCGACUCUUAUGUCCGUCUUCAAUUUUCGUUAGAAAGUCUUUGUAAUAAAUAAUUAAUUACUGAUUGUUUUCCCAUAAUUUAGAGUUUUGCGUUUUAAAGAGAUUUUAAAUUUAAAGGCAUCAUCGAGACAGGCAUAUACGGUUUUUACUUACUUUUUACGUUUUCCAUCUCUAGAACAAUUAUAUUUAUUAAUGCGUUAGUGGAUCUGUGUUUGGUUCUUCUGAAAAUCAGACUAUGAACACGAAGGGUAUUGAGCUGGGGGGGGGACAGCAUCAGACUUCCCUUCCGCUUUAGGUCCCCCUCGGUCGUUUUUUUUUUUCGCCCUAGUUCUUCCUAUAACCUCAGAUCACAAGCGUGGGUCAUUUUCCGAAAUAGCCAUGAUUGACUUCUUUUUUGCACAUAGACAAGCGGAAAAUUGUGACAGGGGCUUACUGAAUUGUUAAAUUGGGUCAGUAAAUUAUUACAGUGAGGAGACUCAAACCUGAGACUUCAAUUACUUGAAUAAUUAUCCUGUGAUUAGUUUCUAAUUUUAGUAUACCUACUAGACGUUCUUUUGUUGGGUGAACCUAAUCGUAGAAUUCUCGAUGAAUUCAUUUAAGCCGUUGAAAAAAUAAAUUAUUGUUGAGAUGUC